CCGGGCGGCAGCGGCGCGGCGCCGCCGACCACUACAGUGGCGGCCAGCUGCCAGACGUCCCCCGAGGAAGGCAACACACCCUCCAAAGAGCGGCUCAUCAUGGUCAGGGCCGGCCAGGGCGCCGGGCCGCCGCAGCAGGCCGCCGCGCGCCGCAAGUACGCCGUCGACGGCAGCGACGAGAGUGAGCAGGAGGACUCGAUGUACGCCUCGCUGGGCCUGCGCACCUCGGUGACGGCGCGCCACGGCAGCGACCGGUCUCUGACGCCCGUCAACGAGCCAGCGGCCGGCCCGCCGCCGCCGCCGCCGCCGCUGCCGGCCAGUCGACCGUCCUCUGCCACGGUGGCGCCAGCGGCCGCGCCCACCGCCGUCCCUGCCCCCCUGCCGGCGGUGCGGCGGGCCCCGGCCGGCCGACGGCCCGCCUCCGCCGGCCGCCCUCCUCCUCCGGCUGCUGCACAGCGCGAGGUGACACCCUACCGGUCCACCUAUCCACCCGGAGCGGACGAGGCGGCGCGCCUGUUCACGGCCCGUGUGCCGGCGCGCGCGCUGCCGCUGCCGUUCGAGGCGUACCGUCCCGAGAGCCCGGCGCCGUCCGUGCCGCCGCGCCGGUACCGGCAGGACUCGGGUGACCUGCGCGACUCCCGUGACCGGCGCGCGGAGCAGCGGACGCGCCGUGACGGCCGCCGCCGCCGUCACGGCCGCCACGGUGACGACGUGCAGGUGCGCGUGGAGACGGAGACGGUGGAGAUCGUGAGCGGCUCCGGCUCCGAGAGCGAGGACGGCUCCUCGUGGGCGGAGCCGGUGCGGCCGCGCCUCGGCGCCGGCCCGGAGUCGGCCGCCGACAUUGGCAGGAUGCGGCGCCGCUUCCACACCCUGCUCGACGACGCGUUCAACUCACUGGACAGCCAGAGCCGCGGCGGCCGGUGGCGCUGCCGCUCGGCGGCGCCCUCCCGAAACAGGUCGGCCGACGGUCCCGAGCUAGCGGUGUCGCCCCCUCGGCGGCCGGCCAGCGCGCUGGAGCGCCGCUCCGUGCCCACACAGGUAUCGCUGUCCCCCUCCUCGCCGGGUCACAAGUCGGCCUGGACCACCACCGACGACCUGAGCCGCUCGGCCGCGGCCGCCGCCGGGCCGCCGCCGCUCCGGCUGCUGCCGGGCCGCACCGGCGUCACGUCGAGCCCGAUGCGUCGCGGCGGACUGUCGCCGCUGGAGCCGGGCGAGCCGCUCUGUGCCGACGACCCGGCGGUGCCGCUCAUCCGCGCCAUCCAGGAGGAGCUGCGCCGGUUUGGGGACAGCGUGCCCACCGGCGACACGGACGUCUGAGGAUGGACGGACGGAUGGACGGACGGACAGGCGGACAGACAGCAUACGGACGCUCGAAGAGUCAUCAGUCUGGUCACAGGACGAGCUGCCGCACAACCGUGUGAUACCUCCGUGCCACCGAAGCACUUCGGCUCGGAACAGGUGCUAAUAUAAAGCCCUGAAUGUCCAUGAGAAGGCAUCUUAUCCAGUGGACUCGGGGAGCAGCCAGCAGCAGAAAUCAGUACCAAAAGCCGGCGGCAGAGUGGACUCUAUGGAUGUUCGGUACCCUGAAAACUAAUGCAUGAAGCUGGAGGAUCAGGUGGUAAGCCAGUGGCUUGAUAUUACAGCACGGCGAGAUAGAGCGGAGCCGUUUCAGAUGUACAAUUUCGGCAGCCGAAACUGCACGCAAUCUAUCGGAUCCUUUACUCAAUGAAGAAAAAUAGGGAUACCGAGCAACUUGUUUCGCAAAUAGACGAGCAAAACCAACGCAAGGAAACCACGGACAAAAUAUGUGUGCAGCAUUACACAUUUUUGCAUAGAUGGAAGCGAAAAGACACAUGAAAAUGCAGGACAAUUUACAUGUAAGGCGUGUGUGACUGUGCCACUUGGUAUAUGCUGUGCUGUAUGAUAAUUAGUUGCGAUUUUAUACCAGCGAGUAAGAGUUUAUACAUGAGUAAGAGAGCCAGUGUUCCUGGACGCUCAACUGAAGGAAUGUUACGCCAUCUCUCCAGGCCUACGAACUUUUUGAUGAUAGUUUAAGUGUGAAACAGAAUAUUUGACUCCCAACAAUGUCCAUUGAAAUAGCCAUCCGUCCAUAUUAACUACCCGUCCAAAUGUCACUUUUGGUGCACGAUUUUGUAGGAUAGAAAUAGGUAUGUGGCAUCGUGCUUGAAAUGUUAUCGUUCGCGUAUGUUUGAUCCGUAUCGUCAUAUACAUAUAUGAAAUGCGGUGAUAUAAAAGCGCGUUUUGGCAAUUUGCGGCAUUAAAGAACACAUCGAGCGUUUUAAACGCCCGGUGACAUUUGCGACAUACCCACGGUGAAGACGAGUGUUUUUGCGUGUGACUGGCCAUGUAAGCUAUAAAAUAGAGGGAAGAAAGCUUCACGUGGAAUCCAUAGCUAGUAUUUAUGAGUAUUUCGUUAAUCAUAACAAUGAAAUGUCUACUUUGUAGCAAGUGAACGCUCGCAAUGAUGUUGGAAACUAGCAAAGCAAAAUGCUUUGGUUUUCGGCAUAAAUAAUGAUGCAUUCCAGUGUCAUUAGCUAGAAAUUAAACCCCAAUGUUACUCAAAUAGGAUAUUUUUGUUGCAUUCAUCGUUG